GUUUUGCUACUAUACAAAAACAUUGACAAAAGUCCUCAAAAAUGUUCUGGAAUUAUAAUUUAGUCACAAAAUUUUUGUAAAACGAAAUAAUCAUACUUUAUAUAUGUAUAUAGCUAUGUAAAUAUGUGUGUAUGUAUUUAUAUGUGUAGCACAGAUCGCUUGGGCGCUCAAGCAUUGAUAAGAUUAUAAAGAAUAUACAUAGAGUGCAAAAUGGAUGAACGCGUAUUUAAGAAACUUUCGCUGCGCAAUAUAUGGAAAAUGGAGGCGUGUGCUGCGUGACUCAGAUAAUAGAAAAAAAUCAGUUUCAAUGAAAACAAGGGAAUUACAUAAUAAUCUGGAGCAAUGUUGAUAACACAGAAUAGGUUAAUAAUUGUCUUUCAAAUUAUGGGCGACAGCAUUUCGCAUAGUCUGGCAUCACAAAAUAACAUAUGGUUAACGGCUGGAUUGUUUUGAUAGCAAGACGCGAAGUUCGACACGAUGUCUGAAACUGCGGAAAAAUGUCACUUUUGCCACGACGCACCCUUCAAAUACACUUGCCCCAAGUGUAAUGCGAUCUACUGUAGCGUCGCUUGCUACAAAUCAACGGCGCAUCUGAAGUGCUCCGAAGAAUUUUUUAAAGCGUGCAUCCAGGACGAGUUGGCAAGUGCAACAACAUCGCCUGAAAGUCAGCAAGAUAUGCGUAAAAUAUACGACAUCCUGAAACGAAUGCGCGAGUCAGAUGCCGGCUUUAAACCCAAAGAUUUUGAUGCAGAUGGCUUGGACAAUCCCUUGGACUCAGAUGACGAAGACACGGAACCACAACAAAGUGAAGAUGAGGUUGAGGGAGACACGGGUGGCAUAGAAGACUCUUAUGAUGAGGAGAUGGAUGAGGUUGUAGACAUGGCUGCUCGUCUGAAGGGUAUCGAUAUAAACGAUGCGGACGAGGUUUGGAGUCGAUUAACAACUGAGGAACAACAGGAAUUCCAGAAACUAAUUGCAAGUGGAGAUAUAAUGAAACUCAUGCCCGAUUACAAGCCAUGGUGGUGCAAGCCUAAGAACUCCAAAAUUGUUAUCCUGCCUUCAGCAACAGAUACUGAAGUUGCCAUACCGGAAAUACAGAAGAACAUACCCAUUUUCACAAAAUUGUGCACAAAGACGCCUUCACCCUGCCUGCACUACAAUCUCUGGAACAUAUUGAGCGCCUAUGCGUGUGUGGCCCGAUUCUUCGGCGGCGAGCACCGUACCAAUGCCAGCGAAGCUGUUGCGCAUUUGGUGAAUCUCAGUGCAACGUUAAAGUAUGGUACCAACUUUGAGGACGCUGAGGAUGCCAUUAUAUCCGUGCAAAUGGAGGCAUGUACCACAGGCAAUGGACCAGCUGGUGCAGCAGCAGUCGGCACCGCAAGCGCAGGCACAAAUUUUCUCGUGGAGAGUCGCGAACAAUUGCAAGAGGAUGCACGUCAACUUAUGUCCACGAUGCAACACAAAUUGGCAGCAUUGAGCGAUAUCCUCCAGCUGCUGCAGCAUAGCAAAGCGCUAAGCAAGCGAAAACAUUCAGAGGAGGCUGAAUUCCAAAAGCUUUUUGCUUUAGCGAGCGGAAGUGUUGAACUGAAUCGAACCAAGCUCUCGCAAUUGAUUAAGAAAAUUGAGUUUAUGCUGUCGUAUGUUUCUAGAGAGCUAUAAGAAAUAUGUCAAAUAAAAAAUCUAGUUUUAACACAGUUUUUAAGCUUUAGCAGUAAUUAAAUUUUUUUU